ACUAACCUACACAUGCACAAUGAAAUCAAUGUGUCGAUCUUCGCUAAAGCACUGUACGGGAACUGUGGCUGAUGGUGUAUUUUUGAGAUCUAUUGCCACUCGUUUGGCUACUCACGCAGACGAAGCUUCCCUUUAUGUCCAUUGGCCUUAUUGCUUAAAACGAUGCUCGUAUUGCAACUUCAACAAGUAUAUAAGUCGAAGUCAAAACCACAAUGUUAUGACGGAGUGUCUGAAGAAGGAGACGCAAACUUUACUACAGCUCAGCCAGAUCUCACGGAUCAGCUCUGUGUUUUUUGGAGGAGGAACACCCAGCCUUGCUCAGCCCUCCACUAUCGCUGCCGUCCUGGAGACUGUUUCCAAACACGCACGUGUGUCAGAUGAUGCCGAGGUCACACUGGAAGUCAAUCCUACACCUGCUGGAAAAGCUUGUCUGAAGGACUUUAUGUUAGCUGGAGUUAACCGAUUUUCCAUUGGAAUUCAGUCAUUGAAUGUUGAUCAUCUGCGGACAUUAGGAAGAGACCACAAUUCCCAUCAUGCUCUCCAGACGUUGUCAGAGGCGAGGACGGUGUGCCCUGGACGGGUGUCAGUUGAUGUCAUGUUUGCUCUCCCAGGUCAAAGUGUUAAAUCAUGGGAGAGCGAGUUGAGGACGUUGUUACCUCUUUGUGAUGAUCAUGUUUCACUGUAUCAGCUCACUUUGGAAAGGGGAACACAGCUUUUUAAACAGGUUGAGAGUGGUGAGCUAAGAGUGCCUGGCGAUGAUGUCACAGCUGUUAUGUACCAGUCAGCACGGAAAAUUCUGGAACAGGCUGGGUUUCUUCAGUACGAGGUGUCCAACUUUUCCAGAAAUAAUGCUGUCAGUAAACACAAUUUGGGGUACUGGAGCGGACAGCAGUACAUAGGGGUAGGCCCAGGGGCACACGGACGCUUUGUACCAUAUGCAUUGGGAGGAGUUCAGAGGGAAGCACGGACGCAAACGUUAGAACCAGAUGUUUGGAUACGAGAGGUACAGCGGCAAGGUCACGGCACACGGCGACGAAUACAGCUUGACCCUCGUGGCCUGCUGGAGGAAGUUUUGGUCAUGGGGCUGCGAAUGAAUAAAGGAAUAACCAAGCAGCACUGGAAGUUAUUUAGCCCUGAAGCAGACCUCUAUCAGAUUUUUGGGGUGUCUGAUAAAGUUAAGGAAUAUCAAGCAGAGGGGCUUCUGAUACUUGAUGACAGGGGCUUGCGGUGUUCCUGGGAAGGCUUAGCUUUACUGGACAGCAUCUUACCCACAAUGUUGCUAGAAUUAGAGAUGUUUUUCGAAAGCAAGGGUAUGACGAGGACACAACACAACAACAGAAAAGACUGAUAUUCAGAAAUAGAGAUGACAGACACAGGGACAAAAGCUUUUAUGUAUCAGUGAUACCACAAUACCAAACACCUUCUAAAAAGUUUUUAAAAAAAAUGACCAUCAAAUUAAACUCAAAACUGUGAAUUUAUCUUUCAUUUUCUAACAGGUGCAUCAAUAAUAUGUUUAUAUAAAAAAGGAAAUUAUAUUCCCACAUUUAAGUAAUCUUUUUCUUCAUGAAACCCUAACACAGGCAAAUACACCAGCUUCUGGAUUGGCUGCUUUGAUUUAUAAAGCUUAAUAUGACAGUAUAAGGCUUGUCCUUGAGUGGCAUUUGACUUGGCAUUGAAUUGCAUUUAUAUCUAUUUAAAGUUACGAGUUCUCCAAACCACCCACGUGCCCAGUAGAAGUGAUUGAAGAAUGAAUCAUUCAUGGUGCUGGGUACUCUCUCCAUGUAUUUGAUCACCAGUAGCAUGUACUUUAAGCACAACUUAAAUGCAUUUUUCAAUAUUAUAGUAUUGUAGUACGAUCCUUCUUUUAUAAAGUUAUAUUUUUAAUGAGAAUUUGUUCAGAAUAUAACACAUGGUGCAACUAUCAGCUAUCCGCUGUCCAAGGUGCUGACAGACGUCACAUAACGAAUCAUUGAUUCGUGUAUGCAGCAAUACGAUUACGUUAUGAUUAUUUCUCCCUGUUAAUAUAACAUGUAGUCGUGUCUUUGUUGGCUGACUUUGAUCUGCAAUUCAGAUUCAUCGCUUUCUGUAUCGAUGUUGCGUCAUUUGUAUUGUACCGAGCACGAUUUCAUUGUCUGAGAUUGACACAUAUGAGCGCGUGGGCGCACAUUCUUACUAAUAUGACAAUUUGACGCCAGUGCAUCAAUGAUGACUCAAGAUAUUGCAGAUGAUAAAAGCUGUGCUUACACCACCCACCACUUUAGCACGUAUUCAUCCAUAAAUGGUCAUACAGUACAGUGCUGGGAUCUCCUUAAAUGACUUACACGGGGGCGUAAGAAAGACCUGGUUGGGAAGAUUAAAAUAGGAUAGCAUUCAGUAUAGCCUAUACUGCUAUAUAUAUUCUAUAUGAUGUGAUGAUUGACCCUUGCGCAUUGUAAACCUGUUUGCUUGGGCUUACAUGUGUCGAUUUGUUGCAUAGUUACAAUUUGCGCUCUUUUUGAAUUAACCUCUUGUAAUAAAAUUAUUAUGAUUGAAAAU